AUGAUUAAAGGUAGUUUGCCAGCCAAUGCUUAUCUGCUGAGUUUCUUUUUGUUCUUGGUUGGACAGGCAUCACAUGCAUCGUUUACAGCAUCGAUUAUCUCGAAUAUCCAUAACUUCUCACUGAAGCAUCGUGGUAAAGUUAGUGGUGCACUCGUUGGUUUAUUUGCAACAUCAUCUGGUGUCUUUGGUAUCAUCUAUAGACAUACAUUCAGCAAGACACACGACGUACAAGGUUAUCUUUUAUUCUUGGCAAUCCUUUGUUCGACCAUUGCAUUCAUUGGUGCAUUUUUAAUUAGAUUCAUUGGACCAAAAGUACCAGAUAGUGUAAUAAAACAAUCUGGUUCUGGAAGUGAAUUGGAAGAGGUUUCAGAUACAGUUAAAGUCGAUGAAAAAGAAAAGCAAUAUAAUCUAUUGGAAAAAGAUAACACUGACGAAGAAACAAAAGAAUAUAGUUUAGAAUCGAGAAGUAAUCCAAACUAUCUUGAUGGUAAAAGAGAUAUUACUGGAUUACAAUUAUUGAAAACAGAAGAGUUUUGGUUAUUAUUUAUUAUUUAUUUCUUUGUUGCUGGUACAUGUUUAAUGUUUUUAAAUAAUAUAGGAUCAGUUGGAAAAGCAAAUGGAAAAUCAUCUGAUCUUCGUACUGAUUUGGUAAUUGUAUUUGCUGCUUGCAAUUUAACAGGAAGAUCAUCCUUUGGAUUAUUAUCAGAUUUAUUUUCAAGAAAGAUUUCAAGAUUUUGGUUUUUGGCUAUUUCAGCUACCAUUAUCUCUAUUACACAUUUAUUAUAUGCAUUCUUUACAUCAGAUUUUUAUAUUCUUGCAACCAUUUUGACAGGUGUUGGAUAUGGUGGUUUAGUUAGUACGAUGGUACUUUUAACUAGUGUUAGAUUCGGUGUUAGAAGAUUUGGUUUAAAUUUUGGAAUGCUUGCUAUUGCAUCAGCAGCAGGAUCAUUAUCAUUUGGAUUCUUAAGUGGAAAACUCUAUGAUGACCAUGCAGAUGAAGAGGAUGAAUGCUAUGGUGAAAAGUGUUUCCGAACCGCUUUUAUUUUAAGUGCGGUUUUCAAUGCAAUGUGUAUAGGUGUCAUUCUUUUCUUGAUCCACAGAUCAAAAAGACAUACAUAUUAA